AUGGCGAGCCGACAGCUGCGGAAGCUGCGAAAGCAGCAGGAGUUGCUCAGCUCUGAAAAGGAGCCUCACGAGGGCAGCGAGGAGUCCGAGGAUGAGCCUGUUAUUUCCAAGCCGCGGGGUAACAUGUUCUCUGGGUUUGCCGCAUUAGGCGGAGAUGACGACCAGGACGGGGAUGACAACGACGACGACGAGGAUGAAGAUACACAGCAGCCUGCGCCAGAGGAGGCAUCCACGGGGCCAACCGAGCCGGCCAAGAAGAGCAAAAAGAAGUCCAAGAAGAAAAAGAAGAAGGGCAAGCAGACCGAGGCUUCCACUGCCCCGGCCAAAGAGGCGGACGAGCCCAUCGAUGAGAUCGACCAAGCCUUGCAAGAACUCAAGAUGGCGGCCCCGAAACCCGGACCCCGCCUUGUCGACACUCUAGGGACGACCCACUCGACGACUAGCAACCUCGACAAGCUACUGCAGAUUAAUUUCCAGCACCUCAAGGCGUUGAACGAAAUGCGCAGGGUGUUUGGCAAGGCCAUGGACGUGGCCGAGGGAGAGGAGCAGACGCAGAAUCAGCAGCAGCAGCAGCGCGGACUGCCCGCCAAUGUGGACCUCGAGACGUUCCUGAGCGCCCGGGCGGUCCGUCCCGGCCAAAACCCGCAACAGGGCGGCGGCAGCAGGAACAUGUUUGACACCAUUCUGCGGACGAACCCGUUCAUCGAUGGCAAGAAGUCGUGGCCACGGGGCACGGCUGAGGGCCUCAAGAUGAUCCGCGUCACCGAGGCAGGGUCGCAGCGGCAACAGCAGCAGCAGGGGCCCGUAGAGUUCGCCUUUGCACACGACCGGGACUACGACAUGCUGGAGGCCAGCUUCUUCCAGUUGGUGCAGAUGUACGACCCGAUGCAGAUUGUCGACUUUCUGUACCGGCACCCGUACCACGUGUCGUCGCUCAUCCAGGUGAGCAAGGUGGCGCGGCAGGACCAGAACUCGGCCCUGGCCGCCGACCUGAUCGAGCGGGCGCUGUUUACCUUUGGGCGGGUCAGCCUCAGCGAGUUCCGCAAGAAGCUGGAGAAAGGCCAGGCGAGGCUGAGCUUUGCGCGCCCGGAGAACCGGCAGUUCUAUCUGGCGGGCUAUAACCUGAUACAGAAGCUGGUCCUGAAGGGCACCUACCGGACCGCGCUGGAGUGGGCCAAGCUGUUCCUCAGCGUCAACCACCGGGACCCAUACGGGACCGUCAACUGGAUUCAUGUUCUUGCCAUACGCGCCCACGAAGCUGAGUGGUUCGUCCAGUUCUGCGCUUCCGGCUUUUUCGAGGAGCACAACUACGACAGUGACGACGACGACGAUGACGAUGACGCUCGGGUCCGUGACCGCAGCAGCGGCAACGGCAACGACCCCAACAAACUCUACGCUCAGCAAACCCUCCCACUCGCCCACUUCCAGCUCGGCGACACAGCCACAGCCAAAUCCGUCCUCGCCAAAGGCAUGACAACGCUCCCAUGGCUCUACUGCGCGCUCUUCUCCGCCCUCAACCUCGACGCGCCCAAGCCCAUCUGGGGCGUCCAGCCGCGCAACGAAGACGAGGCCCUCCACACAGAACUGUACCUCCACACAGCCAAAGACCUCUGGAACACGCCCCAACACACCACCCUCCUCAAAGAAACCGCCGCCUCCCUGUCGUCCACAACCACCACCCCCUUAGCCACAACCACCACCCCCUUAGACCCAGACCCCACCGCCCAAGUCACCCUCGCCACAGCCCGCUUCAUCUACCUCGACAACACCCCGCACCUAAUGUCCUCCGUCCCCCGGCAAAUGCUCCACACCGCCAUCCCCAACUUCGAAUUCGACCCUCUCCCUCCCGCGCAAGAAACCAACCUCUUCACAGCGCCAGCGCAACGUCUGGCGUGGUCAGCGACUGAAAUCGAGCGUGCCCGGCAGGACGCGGGGAACCGGCCUGCGAUGCUGGCGGGACCGGGGGCGCGGGCGUUGUUGGCGCAGUUGCGCGGGGAGAUUGAGGGGGCGGCGGAUGAGCGGUUGAGGAGGAUGGGGCAGGAGGAUCGGAGGAGGGGGGUGGGGGGUGCUGGCGAACGAGGUGAUGAUGCUGGUGAUGAUGCUGACUUUGGUGAUGAGGGUGAGAACGAAGUGGGAGAUGAGAAUGAGAAUGAACAAGAACACGAGCCCUCCCCGGGAAUGAUCAAUUUUCUGCGGAAUCUGAUGGGCGGGGGGCUGCGGGACUGGACGGCUGCGGGUGGUAUCGGGGCGGACGACCAGGGAGGGUUGCCACCGCCGCCGCCGCCGCCGAGGAUGACGAUGCCGGGGGCCUGGGACGAAGGGGGGGAUGAGGAGUGGGGGGAUGAUGACGCAGAUAGGCUGUAUGAGGAGCAUAUGAGGGGUCUUGGUGGUGGGGAUGCUGGUUGGGGUGAUGGGAAUGGGGAUGGGAAUGGCGGGGAGAACGAUGGGGAAGAGACAAACCGGGACGUACAUCCAGAGGAAGGGAGGCAAUAG